AAUAUUUUAAAUCUGAAUGGAGUAAUUGAAAAGGCUUGAAGAUUCUGAACAUAAUGGAAGAAUUCACACAACAAGUUGAAAGGAAGGGCAGCAUGACUGAACCUCUGGAAUUCAAACGUUCUUGCUCUGACAAUCCUGUGAUUUGCAAACUUCAGUGUUCCGUCUGUCAGGAUGUGUUCACUGAUCCAGUCACUACUCCGUGUGGACACAACUUCUGUAAUACUUGCCUGAAAAAAUGGUGGGACAGCAGUCAGAAGUGCAAAUGUCCUCUGUGUAAAGAAAACUUUCCGAAGAGACCUGACCUUAAGAUUAAUAUAAUACUCAGAGAACUUGCAGAAAGCUUUAAAAGCAAAAAACUACAAGUGUUCUGUGACACUUGUGCAGAGAAGAAGGUUAAAGCCCUGAAGUCCUGCCUUGUCUGCCAGACAUCUUACUGUGAGACUCACCUGGAGCCUCAUCAGAAGGUUGCCAGUUUAUCCAAGCACAAACUGAUUAACCCGGUUGAGAAUCUGGAAAGUUACAUAUGCCGGAAACACGAGAGACCUCUGGAGCUUUUCUGUAGAGAUGAUCAGAUGUGUGUGUGUCUGUCCUGUACUCAAAGAGACCACAAGACCCACAACACUGUUCCUAUAGAGGAGGAGAGUGCAAGGAGAAAGGCCCAGUUGGAAAAGACACUGAUGGAUGUAAAGCAGAAGAUCGAGGAGAGAAACAAGAAUAUUCAAGACAUGAAAGACUCAGUUAAACUCAGCAAAAAAAGCAGAACAGAGCUUCUCCGAGUGAUUGAGAAGGAGAAAGCAGCAGAAGAUCAGGCUGAAGAUCUCAUGAAAGAGCUGGAGCAGGAGAUCACUGAAUUAAAGAGGAGAGACACUGAGCUGGAGCAGCUCUCACACACUGAUGAUCAUCUACAUCUCCUACAGAUUUACCCAUCCCUGUGGAGCCCUUUAAACAGCAGGAACUGGUCUGAGAUCUGUAUGAAUGCCCAUUUGAGCAUGUCUACUCUGUGUCAUUUUAACAAAUAUCUCCAGGAGUUACCCCAGCAACAGAGUGAAACCGUCCUCACAGAUCUUAAGGAGAUACAGAAGUAUGCAGUGGAUGUGACUCUGGAUGCUAAUACAGCUCAUGCAUGUCUCGUGCUCGCUGAAGAUCUGAAAGAAGUGAGAGUGGAUGUCAGUAGAACUAUUAAUGAACUUCCAAACAACCCUGACAGGUUUGAUUUGUGUCCCAGUGUUUUAGGAAAAGAGGGAUUCAGCUCAGGGAAGAUUUAUUUUGAGGUUCAGGUUAAGGGAAAAACAGAUUGGGAUUUAGGAGUGGCCAGGGAAUCCAUCAACAGGAAAGGAAAUAUUAGUCUGAGUCCUAGGAAUGGAUACUGGACUAUUGGUCUGUGGAAGGGCAAUGAAUAUCAGGCAAGUGCAUCUCCUGCAUUUUCUCUGUCUCUAAAAGUGGAGCCGCAGACAGUGGGUGUGUUUGUGGAUUAUGAGGAGGGUCUGGUGUCCUUUUAUGAUGUGGAGUCCAGGUCUCAUAUCUAUUCUUUCACUGGUCAGUCUUUCACAGAGAAACUCUAUCCAUUUUUCUUUCCUGGUAAAAAUGUUGAAGAUGCAAUGCCAUUAAUAGUAUCAUCUGUCAGUCAAAAUAUAUAAAGGCAUACAACGAUAAUCAGAAAAAUAUAUGUUUUAAGUCAUUUGCUGUAUAGAUAGGAAAUAAACACUAUUUUCAGUGAUGUCUAUGUUAAUCUGGUGUCUGUAGCCUACUAUUUGUUUUCAAAGCUGAUGCUAUUGGUUCACCUCUGUUUUUAGGACCGCCACAGUAUGCGCUUGAGGUCUAUAACCUAUCUUUGUAAAAAGUAAUAAAUCCAAUAAUUAUUCA